CCAGGAAACCUCCCCUCCCUAGCCCCCACCCAGCUUUCAAAGCUUCAAGGGGUUCAAGGCAGAGUGGGUUGAACUGGAUGAAGGAAAGAGACCCUGAGGCCAAGUGACGCGCCGUGCCCGAGGGUAAUGUCAGGGAUGAGGCAGCUCUCCGACCACCUACCUCCUCUGCCAGGCCUUCCACAGAAGUAGGCCACCCUGCUUCCCGUGCCAUUCUCUGUGACUGCGACCCAAAGUUCACCAGGAGUGCUCAGCCAGCUGCUUUUUUCUUGGAAGAGCGCUGCGAUGGCCUGUGGAGGGACUUCUCCGCUUCACCCCAAGGAUGCACAGGAUGGGCUUCCAGGGAAGACUUUGCUGUGCCUUGGGGCUCCUGCUCUGCUUUGUCGUACCCAAGGCAGCUCCCAAGCCUCCCGGGGCCCCACCCAACUGUAGCACCAAGGAGCAACAGGUCACAUUCAGCCACACCUAUAGGAUCGAUGUGCCCAAGGCCACCCAGGUCCAAGUGGAGGCUGACCCACCACCCCUCGGAGACCAGGGGACUGCUCUGAUCGACCCCGGGGAGGCCGGCGAGGAGCAGAAUAUCAUUUUCCGACACAACAUCCGCCUGCAGGCCCCAAAGGCAGACUGCGAAGUGGCGGGCAGCCUGCAGGACUUACUGGCGCGAGUGAAGAAACUGGAGGAUGAGGUAGCAGAACUCAAGGACAAAUGCAGCCCUCAGAACUGCUGUAGUGGAGCUCAAGGGCUCAGCGGUCACUGCAGCGGCCAUGGGACUUUCAUACCCCAGACUUGCAGCUGCCAGUGUGACGUGGGCUGGGGAGGCCCCGACUGCUCCCUUCCCAGCUGCCCCGGAGCCUGCAGUGGCCACGGGCGCUGCGUGGACGGCCAGUGCAUUUGUGACGAGCCCUACGUCGGGGAGGACUGUGGCUACCUGCCCUGCCCCGAGAACUGCAGCGGGAAUGGGGUGUGCGUGCGAGGCGUCUGCCAGUGCCAUGAGGACUUCACAUCCGAGGACUGCAGCGAGAAGCGAUGCCCCAAUGACUGUAGUGGGCACGGCUUCUGCGAUACCGGAGAAUGCUACUGCGAGGAGGGCUUCACCAGUCUGGACUGCUCCGAGGUUCUUGCUCCACAGAGACUGCAGCUACUCAAGAGCACAGAGGACUCUCUGCUUGUAAACUGGGAUCGGGUGAUGGACGUGGACCAUUACCUGCUCAGCUACUAUCCGAUGGGGCUGGAGCCCUCUGUGAAGCAGAUCCACGUCGCCAAAGAUCAGCUCAGCUAUGAGAUCCUGGGCCUGCUCCCCAGCACCAAGUACAUAGUCACCCUACGCAAUGUGAAGAAAGGGCUUUCUAGCAACCCACAGCAUCUGCUGGCUACCACAGACCUGGCCAUGAUUGGCACCGCCUGGGUGACGGAUGAAACGGAAACCUCUCUGGAAGUGGAGUGGGAGAACCCCCCGACGGAUGUGGAUUACUACAAGCUGAAGUUCGGUCCCCUCCUUGGGCAGGAGGUGGAAGAGGAGGAGGAGGAGAAGGAAGUGACGGUACCCAAGAGCAAUGACCCCAAGAGCAGAUAUGAUCUCACGGGUUUGCAGCCCGGUAGAGAGUACAAGAUCACUGUCGUACCCAUGAGAGGAGGGUUAGAGGGGAAAUCCAUUUCCUUGAAUGGCAGGACAGGUAUCGACAGCCCAACUAACCUGGUGACCGAUCGAGUAACUGAGGACACAGCCAUCGUCUCCUGGGACGUGGUCCAGGCACCCAUAGACAGGUAUGUCGUGCGCUACGCCUCUGCCGACGGGGAGACCAGGGACAUCCCAGUGGCAAAGGACCAGAGCACCACCACCCUGACGGACCUGAAACCAGGCGCGGAGUACUCUGUCUACGUUUGGGCCGAGAAGGGGAACCAGGAGAGCAAGAAAGCCAACACAAAAGCCGAGACAGAUAUUGACAGUCCAGCCAAUGUGGUGACAGAGCGAGUGACUGAAGAUACAGCCAUCAUUUCCUGGGACAGAGUCCAGGCUCCCAUAGACAGAUACAUGUUGCGUUACACCACGGCCGAUGGAGAGACCAAGGACAUCCCCGUGGUGAAGGACCAGAGCACCACCACCCUGACAGGCCUGAGACCAGGCGUGGAAUAUUCCGUCUACGUGUGGGCUGAGAAGGGGACCCAGGAGAGCAAGAAAGCUGACACGAAAGCUGAGACAGAAAUCGAUGCCCCUAAAAACCUGGUGACCGAUCGAGUGACCGAGAACUCAGCCGUCGUCUCUUGGGACAGAGUCCAGGCCCCCAUAGACAGGUACGUCGUGCUCUACACCUCUGCCGAUGGGGAGUCCAAGGAGGUCCCCGUUGCGAAGGACCAGAUCUCCACCACUCUGACGGGCCUGAGACCAGGCGAGGAGUACUCCGUCUCCGUGUGGGCUGAGAAGGGGACCCAGGAGAGCAAGAAAGCUGACACGAAAGCUGAGACAGGAAUCGACGGCCCUAAAAACCUGGUGACCGAUCGAGUGACGGAGAACACAGCCAUCGUCUCCUGGGACAGGGUCCAAGCCCCCAUAGACAGAUAUGUCAUACGCUACAUCUCUGACGAUGGGGAGACCAAAGACGUCCCGGUGGCAAAGGAACAGAGCACCAUCACUCUGACAGGCCUGAGUCCCGGAGUGGAGUAUUCCAUCUACUUGUGGGCUGAGAAGGGGACCCAGGAGAGCCAGAAAGCGGACACGAAAGCCGAGACAGAAAUCGAUGGCCCUAAAAACCUGGUGACCGAUCGAGUGACCGAAAACACGGCCGUCGUCUCCUGGGACAGAGUCCAGGCCCCCAUAGACAAGUACAUUGUGCGCUACACCUCUGCCGAUGGGGAGACCAAGGAGGUGCCCGUCACGAAGGACCAGAUCUCCACCACUCUGACGGGCCUGAGACCAGGCGAGGAGUACUCCGUCUCCGUGUGGGCUGAGAAGAGGACCCAGGAGAGCAAAAAAGCUGACACAAAAACUGAGACAGAAAUGGAUGGCCCUAAAAACCUGGUGACCGAUCGAGUGACGGAGAACACAGCCAUCGUCUCCUGGGACAGGGUCCAGGCCCCCAUAGACAGGUACGUCGUGCGCUACACCUCUGCCGAUGGAGAGACAAAGGAGGUCCCUGUGGCGAAGGACCAGAGCACCAUCACCCUGACGGGCCUGAGACCAGGCGUGGAGUACUCCUUCUACGUGUGGGCUGAGAAGGGGACCAAAGAGAGCAAAAGAGCCGACAUGAAAGCCGAGACAGAGAUUGACAGCCCCACAAAUCUAGUGACCAACAGAGUAACCGAGGAUUCAGCCGUCAUCUCCUGGGACAGGGUCCAGGCUCCCAUAGACGGGUACCUGGUGCGAUACACCUCUGCCGACGGAGAGACUAAGGUGAUACCCGUGGGGAAGGACAAGAGGACCACCACCCUGACGGGCCUGAGGCCAGGAGUGGAGUACUCUGUCUACGUCUGGGCAGGGAAGGGGAGCCGGGAGAGCAAGAAGGCUGACGCGAAAGCUUUGACAGAAAUCGAUCCUCCCAAGAACCUCCGGGUGUCUGAUGUUACACACUCUGGGGGUGUGGUGACCUGGAAGCCCCCUUCUGCUCAGAUCGACGGCUACAUUCUGACCUACCAAGCCCCAGAUGGCACCAGCAAGGAGGUACAGCUGGGACCCUUGGACCAAAGGUUCACGCUGGAAAGUCUGGAACACGGUGCCAGUUAUACCAUCUCUCUAGUGGCUUUUAAAGGAGAUCGACAGAGCAGGAAAGUAUUCACCACCUUAUCGACAGUGGGUGUCAAGUUCCCUCACCCUUCAGACUGCAGCCAAGUCCAGCAAAACGGCAACGUUGCCAGUGGCAUGUACACCAUCUAUUUGCACGGCGACGCCGGCAGGCCCUUGGAGGUGUACUGUGACAUGGACACUGAUGGAGGAGGAUGGAUUGUAUUCCAGAGGCGAAACACUGGACAGCUAGAUUUCUUCAAGCGCUGGAGAACCUACGUGGAAGGCUUUGGAGACCCUACAGGAGAGUUCUGGCUCGGACUUGAUAAACUGCACAAUCUUACCAGUGGCACCCCCAUUCGUUAUGAGGUCCGGGUGGACUUGAAGACCGCCAAUGAGUCUGCCUACGCUGUCUACGAUUUCUUCCAAGUAGCCUCUAGCAAGGACAGGUACAAGCUGUCGGUGGGAAAAUACAGAGGCACUGCAGGCGAUGCUCUGACUUACCACAAUGGCUGGAAGUUCACCACCUUUGACAGGGACAAUGAUAUAGCCCUCAGCAACUGCGCCCUGACACACCACGGUGGCUGGUGGUACAAGAACUGCCAUCUGGCGAACCCCAAUGGCAAAUACGGAGAAACCAAGCAUAGCGAGGGGGUGAACUGGGAGCCCUGGAAAGGGCACGAAUUCUCCAUCCCAAAUGUGGAGUUGAAGAUCCGCCCCCAAAAUUUCAGCAGUGAGCACAUCCUGGGGAGGAAGAAGAGGACUCUAGCAGGGAAGAGGAAAAUCACCAGAAGGCACAACUGACCAGACCCCAGAGUGAGACGAGAACAACAGGGGCUGCGGUGUGUGUACUGGGGAGCGGGAUGGGGGAGGGGGAGGUAGAAUAACUUUGACGAGGAUCUGAGCAAUCAUAUCCGAGAUGCCCAUGAGAUUUCUGUGUUCUCCAGAAAUUGUACAAGAGCAACUUAACUCUCUCCAAGCAUAAACCACUGAGCUUCCUUUCUUCACACUCAUCUUCACCAACACAACAUCAACCACACUUGUGAGAAUCUAAAAUAGAAAUGAGAGAGCUGCCCCAGAACACAAAAAUCAAUACUGAAUCAGUAGGAAUGCUCCACCUUUCUCCAGUGAUGAGUGCUAGGCUGUUGUAAGUGAAGGCUUGGGAGCCCUCCAAUUUACAAGCAUUAUUUUUAUCGUGUUAGUUUAGCUCUUACUAUGUGCCAAGCACUGUAUUAAGCACUUGAGUACAUACAAGAUUAUCCGAUAAUCAGUUUACCUGGAACCCAGUUUACCCCUUUUAAUCUGAUGCAUAAUUAUUUCCAUAAAUCUGCAUAUAUUAUGUUUGCACUAUUUUAGACAUUCAGACUUAGACUAUGUUGCCGCCUUUCAAAUAGCCAUUUCUUGAUUAUUUUUUUCUUAUCCCUUUAUUUGCUACUUGUUUUAGCCACCCAAGCACCCAUUUCCCAAGCUCUCUCCCUUGGGCAUACUGCUCCCUUAGAGGGAGAUGUUCUGAUGCUGGAUUCUGAUGCUAAGAUGGCUUUUCCCUCCAUGGCACAGUUUGAAUGGCAGGAUCAGCCAUUCAAAUUGUGGAAAUUGUGUUCCUGAAUGACUGAGAUGGGGGUCCUCCUCACUCCCACCCCAGGGACCACCCUGAAGAAACCAGCCUGGAGUCACCCUCAGGGCCAGCUAACAGCUCGGCCAACUUCCAGUGUGGGGAUCUCCUGGGAGAGCCAGUUGGGGAGGCUUUAGAGCUCCCCAAAGGGUUUCAGUUGAGUUCAGAGGCUCUGGAGGGUCAUUCUGUUCAGAACCCCAGGACCCAUCUGCAGCUAAUGGGAACCUCUAUUGGGACCCCUGAACUGCUCCACUCUGACCAUCACCAUCAUUUAUCGAAUGCCGGCUGUUUGCAGAGCCCUGAACUAGGCUGUGGGAACACUUCACUUUUGCAGGGAGUCUCUGGCUUAUGAGAGAUAGGCUUGGUCCUCUGCAGAGCAGACCCUCGAGGCAACUCUGAGUUUGUUGGGCCACCCAGGAUUGCUCCAGUCUCAAUGGAAGGUCCCUGGGGAGAGGGGGCUGGUCCUCCAGGGUGUGUGGGCAGUACUCAGUCACUGAGCGUCAGCCAACAUCCUCUGGCCCGCCGGGGAACCCCCGGCAUGGGUGGCAGUCCUGGGGAAUGGCCCCUUGCCAUGCUGGCCUCUAGAGUCCCGUUUGACUCCUUGAAAGAAGAUCAUUCUUCUGAAGACUUCGAACACUGAGGCACUCCCAAGUAGUCAGUCUGGAAUGCACACUGGGUAGUCUAAGCCCUUGGAGAAUCGUUCGAUACUUUUUACUGAUUUUUCUUACCAUUUUGGCAACAUCAUCUAUUAACUAAUUCAACGGCCAUUUAAGUAAUUUAAAUUUCCACUCUGGAAAAAUAAACCACUAGAUAAAAAAAGAA